AUGCUGGCCAGGAAGGGCCUCCUGCCGGACGGCUUCCUGUUGACCCGCCUGGCGGAGGACCAGAACCAGCCCAACCGCAGCCGCGUCCGGUCCCAGAGGGCCCGCUUCAUCACCAAGAGUGGCUCCUGCAAUGUGGCCCAUAAGAACAUCAGGGAGCAGGGUCGCUUCCUGCAGGACGUCUUCACCACCAUGGUGGACCUGAAGUGGCAGCACUCCCUCCUCAUCUUCACCUCGGCCUUCCUCUGCUCCUGGAUGCUCUUCGCGAUGGCCUGGUGGCUGCUGGCCUUCGCUCACGGGGACCUGGAGCCCCGGGACCCGGAGGGGGACCCGGGCCCUGUGCCCUGCGUCACCGCCAUCCACUCCUUCACCUCCGCCUUCCUCUUCUCCAUCGAGGUCCAGGUGACCAUCGGGUUUGGCGGCCGCAUGGUGACGGAGGAGUGCCCGCUGGCCAUCGUGGUCCUGAUCGUGCAGAACAUCCUGGGGCUGAUCAUCAACGCGGUGAUGCUGGGCUGCGUGUUCAUGAAGACGGCGCAGGCCAACCGGCGGGCGGAGACGCUCAUCUUCUCCAGGAACGCCGUCAUAGCGCCCCGGAACGGCCGGCCCACCUUCAUGUUCCGGGUCGGGGACCUGAGGAAGAGCAUGAUCAUCUCAGCCACCAUUCAGCUUCAGGUGGUCCGGCGGACGGUGACGGCCGAGGGCGAGGUGGUCCCGGUCUGCCAGCUGGACAUCCAGGUGGAGAACCCCCUGAGGAGCAACGGCAUCUUCCUGGUGUCUCCUCUGAUCAUCAGCCACACCAUGGAGCGCAGCAGCCCGCUGUACGAGCUGUCGGCCCAGUCGCUGGCCUCAGAGGACCUGGAGGUCCUCGUCAUCCUGGAAGGCGUGGUGGAGACGACGGGGAUCACCAUGCAGGCGCGCACCUCCUACACGCCGGAGGAGAUCCUGUGGGGGAGGCGCUUCGUGUCCAUCAUCACGGAGGAGGACGGCCGCUACUGCGUGGACUACUCCAAGUUCGGCAACACGGUCCCGGUCCGGAUGUCGUCGCUCAGCGCCAAGGAGCUGGACCAGACCCGGGGGGUGCAGGAGGGCGGGUCGGAGGCCCAGCUGCAGGGCUGGGGGCUGGUCCGGGCCGGGAGGGGGGGCUUCCGCCGGGGGGGGCGGGGCUGCGACGGCGCCACCCCUCAGCCGUGGUACGCCCAGGCGGAGAAACCGGAGAAGGAGGUGGAGCAGAAAGGCCAGAAGAAGAAGGUGCAGCUGGAGGUGAUCGGAAGGAAGAUGGAGGAGGACGGAGAGGAGGACAUGAGUGACUGA